GAUUUUUACUUUCGCGAUUUUGCUUCAAAAUUCUUGCUAAAUUGCUACUAAAUUUCUGCGGUUUCAUGCGAUUUGCACUUCAAUCAAGACUUCAACAACAGUUUCCAAGACCAAAAUUAGGUAAAGUUUAUGAAUUUUUUACUUUGAUUUUGUCAAUGUGCUGUUCUCCUUUCUCCCCUUCUGUGGUUGAUUUUGGGUUUUUUGGAAGAAAUUAGGGUUGGGGGUGAGAAUGUAUUUGAGUGUGUUAGCAUUGUUGAGGGUCCUGACUCUAUUCCUCCUCCCACUUUAUGCAGAAAUUGAGGAGAUGUCUUCAGAAUGGGCCAUGAGUGUAGUGGGGAGUGAGGUGAUGCCCCUGGAUUACGGGAGCAUGGACUCGGAUAGCAGUCCGUCUCCCACCAGUUCAGAGAGGACAGUGGAGGAGAGGAGGGAGGACAGAGUAGUAGAGGAGGAGGAAGAGGAGAUCCCCUCAAAUAUUUUGGAGGCUAGGGGCCUUAGGGGUCUGGUAGAGAACUGCAACCUCCCUCACCAUGUCCUAAUUAGGCCGGCCGGGGUGAAUGAGCGAGCAUACUCAGCACCCCAAGAUCAUUGGAUGCCCCUGGGUGGAGGUAGAGGUGAGAAGGAGUGGUACUACUUCGGCCCUCGGUCGUCCAGCAAAGAGAAUAAGAGUUUAUUCUCUACUAGACCGUCAUCCAUCAAAGGAUGGAAAGAAAAAUUCUUCUUUGUGGAUGACACCGAGUGGAGUAGGAAGGAUGCCAAGGUGGAGCAGUUGUCUACUUGGAAAGCUAAGAAAACCAAGCAGAACAACUAUAAAUUAAAUGAGGAUGAGGUGGAGGAAGUAGAGAAGCUGGUGAGGGAGGAAGGAGACGUGGUGGACAUCCUGUACCUCACCAGUCCGCAGGCAAUUGAGGCUGCUGAGCUCUAUGGGCCAAGCUCAUUGAGCGAAGCUAAGAUGGACGAGUUCGUAAAUGCUGUUGGGGGACUGCGCAUCCCAAAGAAGCCAAGGAAGAAGUCAAAGACUUCAACUGCGGUGGACAAAGGGGCGACAGAGAAAGAGCACCUGCCCAGCACUGCUACUCGAGUGCUAGAGAUACAUCAGAGGCCAGAGCCAGCAAGGGGGGGAAGUGAGGAGGUGAGUGAGGAGGUGGUACCACUUCAGAGAAAGAAGAGGAAGGUGGCUGAACCAGAGGUGAGGGGGGAUGAGGUGACUGAGUUCGUGCCUCGCCCCUCUGCUCCUGAAGUCAAUCCUAAGGUCAGGGAGAGGGAAGGGGCCGAGGUGCGAGGCCCUGGCAGGGGCAAGGAGCUCAUCCCUCCUCAUUUGUAUGAGAAGAGUUUGUUUGAGGCAGCAAACACAACUGGGGCGAAGCACUUCCUCAACUGUACUCUCCCUGAGGUGGAUAGGAGGCGAGCGAGGGAUGAGGCGGAGUACGCGGAGAGCGUGCGAGAUCGUGCUAGCUUGCAGAGGCAGUGCGAGCAGCUGCAGAAGGAAGGGGAAGAGCUGCGGAAGGAGAAAAAGGAGUGGGAGAAGGAGAAAAGAGAGAUGCAGAGGAGGCUGGACGAAGUUCUGCCUUCAGUGACCGAGCUCCAAAACAACAAUGAGGUCUUGAGUACGAAGUUUGUCCUUGAAGAACGCAAAAGAAAGAUCUGUGAGGAGAAGCUCGAGGCUCAAGACAAAUACAUUGACAAUAUGAGGAAAGGAGCGGCGGAGCUGAAGAAGAACGUGAGUCUGUUGGUGCACAACGGCAUGGAGGAGCAUAUUGACAACUUCCUCAACUCCAGCACCUUCGAGGGCAUCCUCAAGCUGUACCGGCUUCCAACCGCAAUCCUGGCCUUCACCGACUGUAGAAAGAAAGUGAAGGCCCAGUACCCAGAGGUGGACGUGACAACGGUCACCUUUGGGGAACAAGAGGAAGGGGUGGAGGAGGAUGGCGAGAGCCUUUCUGCUGACUUCCGACCUCUAAUCAAGCUGAGGUGGGAGCAUGACAUAGAGGGACGUACCAUCUUUCCUCCAGCCUUUGAUGCUGAGCUGGUGGCAGUGGAGGAAGAAGAAGAAGAAGAAGGAGCUCAAGGUGCUGGAGUUGAGAAUCAAGCAGCUCUGGCCGAAGUGCCGCCUAUCGAGGUGCAUCCAGUCUCCUCUGACGAGGUGCAGUAGCUGGCCCCCGAAGCAGAAGUGCCGCCUCUGCCCACUGGAGAUGAGCCACCUCCACCACCUCUUCCUGCUGAGGAGCAGCCUCUUCCCUCAGCAGAUUAGCUUAGGAGUUUUAUUGUAAAAAACAUUUUUGUAAUAGAUUGUUUAUGAAUUUAUAAAAUUUUUGAAGUUAU